AUGACUAUGCUUCCUAUGUCGCCAGUUGCAUCAAACGGUGGCUCAGGGCAAGUAGAAACGGUCGACUUGAGAACCUUACGAGCUAUGAGAGUAUUGCGGCCACUGAAGCUAGUAAGCGGAAUCCCCAGCUUGCAAGUCGUUCUCAAAUCAAUUUUAUGCGCCAUGGCACCACUUCUCCAAAUCGGCUUACUGGUGUUAUUCGCUAUUAUAAUCUUCGCUAUUAUCGGCCUCGAGUUCUACUCAGGAGCAUUUCAUUCAGCUUGUUAUAAUGACCGGGGUGAAAUCGAAGACAUCAGCGAGAGACCAUCACCUUGAGAGUUUGCGAAAGAGAGGGAAAGAGUAGAAAAUCGCCGUGAGUUCCUAAAGCUUCGGCGACAACAACAGAUCGAGCGCGAACUCAGCGACUACCUUCAAUGGAUCAUAGCUGCGGAAGAAUUGAUACUCAGAGAAGAUCGAACUACAGAGGAAGAGAAACAAGCAAUUCUCGAGGGCCGUCGUAGAGCAGAGACAAAGAAGAAGUUGAAAACUGCGUUAAGAAAGUAUUCAGUGGAGACCCAUGAGGAUUUUGAAGAAGAGGAGGAUUUUGAAGACGAUUUAGACAGCGAGGAAGGCGAAACAGGAUAUAGCUACGGUAUUUGCAGGAGAAUAUACAUGAGUUGUUGUGAUUGGUGGUUUAACUUUCCAUCAAUGCAUCCCUACACCCAUUUUGAUACAUUCCCAGUGGCCUUGAUUACCGUAUUCCAGAUAUUGACUGGUGAAGACUGGAACGAGGUCAUGUAUCUAGCUAUAGAAGCCCAAGGAGGCAUUUAUGGAGGAGGAAUGGUCUACUGCAUCUACUUCAUAAUUCUAGUGCUUUUUGGAAACUACACACUGUUGAAUGUAUUUUUGGCUAUCGCUGUCGAUAACCUGGCGAAUGCGCAAGAGCUUACAGCUGCUGAGGAAGCAGAGGAGGAAGCGAACGAUUUGAAUGAAAGUGUGGAAGAGGAACCUGUAUGGAGUUCAGAAUGUUCGAAAGUCCCACACUCUUCAGGCUUGGACAUAAAACUCUAA